AUCUUUGGUAUCCCCGGUUGCACCCAAAUUGUGUACAACUGGUUGUGAGAUGGCGAAGCAGAAAAGACGAAGUGGAACAAAGCAAUUGGCGAAGGGAACAAAUUGACGAAGGGGAAUAGAGAGAUCCAAGAAACUAACCUGGGAGAAUGGUUCUCGACGGUGGCGGUGAGCUGUGUUCUUGACCUAAAAACAAAUUCCUAAAAUUGCCUCUUGAUUAUGUCCAUUGCCUGAUAUGUGAUUUGAAUUGCCGAUUUCGUCGCUACAAAUUAGCAGUUUAGCGCGAUUCCAGAAGCAAUGGGGUUGAAAACCGUUAAGGUUGAGAAGAAAUUUAAUGUUUCAUUUGGUAAAUGCAAAACCGGUUACGGUAGUGCUUCGGAGGGUAAUAAGAGUGGGAGUAAGCCUGAUGUUAUCUCGUUCAACGGCGAGUCUGUGUUUGGGACUGGAAGGAGAGAUAGGAAGGAAAUGCCAAAGUUUAUGGGGGAUAGUCAUAUCAAAUCUCCGUCUUCUGGUGGGAGAAGGAAGAGAAUUUCUUCUAGUGAUGGAAGAUCAUUUGAUGCUGAUAUUGGGUUAGGGAGCAAAACGAAUUUUUCUGGGAAGAGCAGGGAUAAGAUUAGAGUUGAAUUGCAUUCAGGAAAGCAAAGAGAAAAUGGAGAAUAUCGUGUUUAUGGGAAGUCGAGUAGGGGGGAUACUUUGUCAGAAGGUAGAAAAGCCCGGGAAAGUGAGUUCCUCAACAAGAAGACACUGAGAGCUAAACCUGAAACUUCAAUUAAAGGUCAUAGCUUUGAGGAUUCCAGGAGAAGCGAGAAUGGAAAAAGAAAACCCGAAGUGAGAACUAAUGCAAAUAAGAAGGAAAAUGAGCAAAAAGUUGAGCCGUUCAAGAAAUCUUUUAAGAGAAAUCUUAAGGACACAAAGAGGUCAGCAGAUGAUGAAGACAUAACAGAGAGACCUAAGAAGAAAAAGAAAAGAAUCCGCAUUGAUCCUCAUGAUGGUUCAAACAAGAGGCUUGAAGAUGACAUGUCUAUAAAUGAUAACAAUAAUAAUAAAAAGAAGAAAGAAGGUAUAGAGCAAACAAGUAACGUUGGAAUGUCAAAGAAUGCACAGUUUCGUGCCAUACGGCCUAGCCCUUCCAUCCUGUCCUUUGUGGAAGAGAAUUUAUUGGGCCGUAGGCGUGAAAUUGAGUUAAGAAGGGCGGGUUACAACGUUGAUCUUUCUGUGCCUUUAGAUAAUAUACCAUCAUUGUCAAGCUCAACUCCCACUUCAGAAAGGCAACAGAUUGAAGAACCGGUAUUUAGGAACAAAUUGACUUUUUUCGCUGCUGCAAAGGUUGCUUCAUCUUUUCCCCCACCGGAUCUCCCAGAAAUUGCAUUUGCAGGAAGAUCAAACGUUGGGAAAUCAUCUCUGCUAAAUGCAUUGACUAGACAAUGGGGUGUUGCACGAACAUCAGAUAAGCCCGGACUAACUCAAACUAUUAAUUUCUUCAAUCUUGGGAAAAAGCUAUGUCUGGUUGAUUUGCCUGGAUAUGGUUUUGCCUAUGCCAAAGAAGAAGUGAAGGAAACUUGGCAGGAGCUUGUGAAAGAGUAUGUCUGCACAAGGGUUGGUCUUGAAAAAGUAUGUCUUCUCAUUGACGCAAAAUGGGGUAUGAAGGCAAGAGAUUAUGAACUUAUCGAAAUGAUGGAAAGAGUUAAAAGAAAAUAUCAGAUUAUUUUGACCAAGAGUGAUACUGUAUUCCCAAUUGAUGUGGCACGCCGUGCAAUGCAGAUUGAAGAGAACCUCAAGGCGAACAAGUCAGCGGUUCAACCUCUGAUGAUGGUCAGCUCAAGAUCUGGUGCAGGCAUUAGAAGUUUGAGAACAGUGCUGACUAAGGUUGCGCGGUUCGCAAAACCAUAGACAGAAGGUAUUUCCAGGACAGCUUGGCAUUGUUUUUUCGUUUCGUUGGGUCUUUUUUUUUUGCAAUAGGGAAAAAAAGGAAAGAGAUCCAUGUUCUGUGUUUGGCAGAAGUGCUGUUUCUGAAACAAAAGCGACCAAAACGAAAACCAAAACGAUACUCGGAAUGAGAAGUUUCAGCAAUCAUUAGCUGUGUUACUUCUAAUAUUAGUCUGUUUUGAGACCCCGAAACUUCAAAAACACGCGAAGUAUUAAAGAAAAGGGUUCGUU